AGCGCACUAAGCUACCUCAUUUCGUAUGCUACUGGAAGACAUGGGGGCUGUGUUUCACAGCCAUCACUGACAGCGGCACAGCUGAGAGUCCACUUAUAACAAGAAAUACAACUGAGAGCCCUUUUCAUAUCAAGCUGCCAGGUCAGGCGUGAAUAUGGAGUCUAUGCUGAACAAGCUAAAAAGCACUGUCACCAAGGUGACGGCGGAUGUCACCAGUGCUGUCAUGGGCAACCCGGUGACACGGGAGUUUGAGGUUGGACGACAUAUCGCCAGCGGUGGUCCUGGCUUGUGUUGGAGGAUCUACAAUGGCACAAAGAAGUCCACAAAACAGGAAGUGGCUGUGUUUGUGUUCGACAAGAAGAUGAUCGAUAAGUACCAGAAAUUUGAGAAGGACCAAAUUGUUGAUUCGCUAAAGAAAGGGGUGCAGCAGCUGACCAGACUGCGUCACCCCCGUCUCCUGACCGUGCAGCAUCCCCUGGAAGAGUCACGAGACUGCUUGGCGUUCUGCACAGAGCCGGUGUUUGCCAGUCUGGCCAACGUGCUGGGCCAGUGGGAGAAUCUGCCCAGCCCCUUGCCCAGUGACAUCAAGGAGUACAAACUCUAUGAUGUGGAGACCAAGUACGGCCUGCUACAGAUCUCGGAGGGUUUGUCCUUUCUCCACAGCGGGGUGAAAAUGGUCCACGGCAACUUGUGUCCAGAGAACAUCAUCCUCAACAAGAGUGGAGCCUGGAAGAUCAUGGGCUUUGACUUCAGCAUCUCCUCCACAAACCCCUCGGAAGCUGAGCCCAAGUACUCGUGUAAAGAAUGGGAGCCCAACCUUCCUCCGCUCUGCCUCCCCAACCCUGAGUACCUGGCUCCUGAAUACAUCCUGUCCGUCAGCUGUGACUCCGCCUCCGACAUGUACUCGCUGGGCGUGGUCAUGCAUGCCGUCUUCAACGAGGGCAAGCCUGUUUUCCAAGUCAACAAGCACGACAUUUUUAAGAGCUUCAGCAGGCAGCUGGAUCAGCUGAGCAGCAUAAGUCCUGCAGUGCUGAACAAGAUCCCAGAGGAGGUUCGGGAGCAUGUCAAGAUGCUGCUCAGCGUCACAUCCACCGUCCGGCCAGAUGCAGACCAAAUGACAAAGAUUCCAUUUUUUGAUGACGUGGGUGCUGUGACCCUGCAGUACUUUGACUCCCUCUUCCAGAGAGACAACCUGCAGAAGUCCCAGUUCUACAAAGGCCUUCCCAAAGUCCUGCCCAAACUCCCCAAGAGAGUGGUGGUGUAUCGAAUCUUGCCGGCGCUCACCUCUGAGUUCGUCAACCCGGACAUGGUUCCCUUCGUGCUGCCCAAUGUGCUGCUGAUCGCCGAGGAGUGCACCAAGGAGGAGUACAUUCGUCUCAUCAUGCCUGACCUCACGCCUGUGUUCAAGCAGCAAGAGCCCGUUCAGGCUAGUAACAUGAUCCUGCUGAUAUUCCUGCAGAAGAUGGACCUACUGUUGACCAAAACACCCUCGGAGGAAAUUAAGAACAGCGUGCUGCCGAUGGUCUACAGAGCUGUGGAGGCACCUUCUGUACAGAUCCAGGAGCUGUGCCUGAACAUCAUCCCGACGUUCGCCAACCUGAUUGACUACCCGUCCAUGAAGAACUCCCUCAUCCCUCGGAUCAAAUCAGCCUGCCUGCAGACCUCUUCACUCGCUGUACGAGUGAACUCUCUGGUGUGUCUGGGGAAGAUCUUGGAAUAUCUGGACAAGUGGUACGUCAUCGAUGAGAUCCUGCCCUUCCUACAACAGAUCCCCUCCAGAGAACCAGCAGUACUCAUGGGAAUACUCGGAAUCUACAAGUGCACCUUCAGCCACAAGAAGCUUGGCAUCCCCAAAGAGCACCUCGCCACCAAGAGCCUGCCGCACCUCGUCUCUCUGAGUAUAGACAACAACCUCAACCUUAAUCAGUUUAACUCGUUCAUGGUGGUCAUACGGGACAUGCUGACUCGCAUGGAGACUGAACACAAGACCAAGUUGGAGCAGCUGCACAUCAUGCAGGAGCAGCAGAGGAGUAUAAACAUCUCAAAUCCAGGGCACCCACCAGAGGAGACCAAGGGCCCACCAAGCAGUGGCAACCAGAUUGAUGAUAUCUUCGGCAGCUCGGGGGUUAAUGGCAAAGAGAAUGGAUCCGCAGCAGCGGCCCCACAGCCUAAUAGAAUGUCUCUGACUCUAGAGGAGAAACAGCGACUGGCUAAGGAGCAGGAGCAGGCAGCCAAACUGAGGAACCAGCAGCCGUUAGCACCACAGAGCGUCAAACCAGCCAGCACCUCAAACACAAAGACUAAGGAUCUGACAAGCAGCCUGCUCAACAACAUGACAUCUCUAAACAGCCUGUCAUUGGCCAACUCACCACGACCAGCUCCGGUGCAGGGCACCACCAUGUCUGCCUUCCCCUCCCCCGGCCCCAUGGUGGGCUCCAUGGGCGCCUCAGUCUCCAACGGGUUCAACCCACCCAUGGGCUUUCAGACAGGAGGCAUGGGCAUGGGGAUGGGCAUGCGGCCUACAGGCCCCGGCCUCUACGGCGGCAUGGCCACCACCACCAGCACCCCAAACUUUGGAGCCCUCUCACAGAACCAAGGACCCAUGGGGCAGACAAGUAAAGCCCCCGACCUGUCAGCCUUGGACAGUCUUUUCUCACCCAGCCAGCCCAAAGUCACCCUCAACCAAAUGGGUCCCAAGCCUACACCUGGCACCAACACUCCUUGGAUCAGUCAGUUUGGUGCAGCCCAGAACGCUCAGACUCAGAUGCAGGGUGCACCAGUGGGCAUGGGAGGAGUGCCCAGCGGGUUUGGGAUGCAAGCAAACCCUUUUUUCAGCCCACAGAACUUUGCUCAACCUGCUGCUGCCCCAAGCCUGAACCAAAGUGGAGUUAAACAUAGUGCGUCUGUCAACAACGAUCUGAAAGACUUAUUCGGCUAAACUAAAUAAAAAGUAGAUGCUAAGUUGAGUAUAUUCUUUUAAUAACUUCGGACAGAAGAGCCUUGAAUUCUCACAGAACAAUACACUGAUUGAAUGUGAAGAUUUCCUCUCAAAGGCGCUGCUGUCUGUAUUUUUAAUCUGACCUGGUAUAAAUUCUGACUCUCGCUCACAUUCAGCUGGCAAAUUAACCUGCACCUGAAUUCCAUUUCUACUUGACCAGAAGGACAAACGGUUGGGGUGGGAAAUACUUCUUCUAUGCUGUUCUUUAAAUGCUGGGGGUUUCCUACUGUUUUGUACUUGACAUUCUUUGGGAGUCCAAAUGUCGUGGGUUGAGAUGAAUCCCAACUCAGUUUAUUCAGGAAGGUUUUGUGUUCAUUUGAUGAAUGAGUGGAUUUCACUUCCUGAACAAGUUGCAUCAGAAUCACCCCUUAAAGGGAAACGUCGGUAUCUCUCAACCUGGACCCUGUUUUCCUGAGUUUUUGUGUCUGAGUGAGUAAUGGGAACAACAGUUUUUGAAACUGGUCCAGUAUUGAGAGAGACCACUGCAGGUGUGGCGUCAAAACAGGCUGUGAUGUAGUCCCUAUGGGAAAUUGUGCACCGUCAAUUUACGUCCAGAAAAAGUGCUUUUUUUUGCCACUGACAGGCUCAAGUUGUUGUUAGAAGUGUCUUACCUUCCCCUGGUCUGUUAGUUAAAGUGACAAAGUCUCACCCAAGGAGAAGUCUGGUUUUGAGAUCUCACAAGAGAUGACUUGUUGCAGGAAAAACAAUGGCGCAAUCAUUAGUAAGAGUUGGAGAGAGGAGUGCCUGCAAGAAUUUGUUGUGUUGGAGUACAGAACAUGUAGCUUAGUUCAAUGGUUCCCAACUAGUUGGUCACGGAUCUACUCUGAAUGGACCACAAGUGACUCAUGAAUGUGUCAAUUUUGUGAAAAACACCCUUUAUAUUGAAGUACAGUGGAUUUCUGGCACAGAUCUUUGAAUUCAAAAUGCCGUUUCCUGCUGUAGAGUGAGCAACUAAUGGACAGCUACUUGACAGAGACAGCAAUCUAGCUCACUGACAUGGCCGGACGCAAGUUUGACGCUACAUACAUUAAACUGUGGACCUUGAACUAAUGACUAAGGAGAAAUCUGGACCCCGUGGCUGGACCAGUUUGGAACCACUGGCUUAGUGUUAUCUAAAAGAUUUUCAGUGUCAUGGCUGAAUAUUAAGCUGAUUUUGGCGAUAGGGAAAAAUCUUCAAGAUUCCAGGAUGAGAUUUCUCCUUGAGUGAGACUUGGCAACAAACACGAAAGCCCAUUUUCUACCACAGAAGUACCCAAGAACACCCAAUAGCAUCUGGCUUUUGUACUUCAUGGCAAAGGUUACAGUUGGCAUUCACCUCCAGGACAAAUGACUCUGUAGUAGUCAUGGGUGUUUAUCCCCUCUAGCUCCAAUUUGCUCUGAUUGGAUGUGAUGGAAAUACAGAAAUCGGAAGGACGUGCUAAUUUUAGUCCCUUUGCGCCACUGGCCUCCAUGUUGCUUUCUGCUGUGUACUAACCUGUUUCCUGGCUUGUCCGGGACGUCGAAUGUGACACAACAGAAAAAAAAUAGGCAUACUUGCCCAAACAAGCACUGUUAAUGGACUUAAAUUGAUAGUGCACAAGUGGCGAUAGGGAUUACACUGAGCCUGUUUCACCUCUGUGGCUGCAGCGGUCAGUCUCAACACUGGACCAAUGUCAAAAUCUGUUGUCUCCAUUCGUAGCUAUGACACAAAAACAUGAGAAAAUAAGGUCCAGGUUGGAAAAACACCACUUUCCCUUUCAGAAUUAGCAGAAAAACAAGGUAAAAAAAAAAAAGGCUUCACAUCUGCUGGGUUUCAGGCUUCUGCAUCUUUACUGCUUUUCCGGACUAUUUUAGGCUUUGCUGCAUGUCUAAAGUGAUCAGAGAGUUGGCUUAAGAACAAAAACCCGCUCACACACACACCAAAGAUGUGUGAGCCCAGUGGGAGGUAGCUUGACGUGUAGCACUGACGAGCCUGCAGUCACUGAUCUGCAUCCAGGAGGCUCCUCUGUGGGGACUAUAUGAAAGGGGGUGUAGGAAGAUGACAGCCCAACAGUUUGAGGUUCAGAGUGGGGGGGGGGGGAAACAAGUAGCCCCACUGCAGUCUGUCUCCAUGGUGACUGUUUCUCUGCAGCACCAGAAACUCCCAUUUUGUGAGCACAAAUCGGACUGUGGUCAUCUUUGGUCUCAUUCUUUUCUGCUUUGGGUUGCUUCAUUUGACAUCUAAGCAUGUUAAAAAGCGAAGGGUUAGUUUCGUCCGGUCAAAGUUUGAUGACGACCAUUUCAUCUCCUCUGGUAUCAAUUUCUGUAAAUGCAGUAUGAAUGAUUUCUCUGUGUCUUAUAGCGGAGUAGGGCGUGUUGAGUAGCAAUUACAGCAGUGUCCUUUAACAAGAUGCUAAAGCUAAAGGCGACAAACGAGGACCGUAUGCACUGCUUAGGCUUUCGUGCCUUACAUGGGUACACAUGUAGGACUAGACAGACAGCGCUCAUCUGUUACUCAAGUAUUAAUAGUUUCCCUUUUUAAUCAGCUGUCUGCUUCUCAAAUUACUUGCUUUGCUGCACGUUACUGAACUCGACCACGAAAGAUCUAAAGCUAGAUUUUUAGCAUCUUUUCUAACGAUGAUUCCUAAUGAUUCCAGCGACCUUUUCUUUCUCGCAUCCAGCUGGGUUUGCUCGGAUGAGGUUUUUGAGGGUCUCAAAAUGCAAAUUUCCUUUGACCAAUUUGUACAAUGAUGAAGAUUAUCACUAUAUAUUUUGAUUUCAGCACUUUUCAGCUGUCCGAGGACCUGUGCUGGCGACAUGUUAUUAUGAAGUGUAAAUAAAUAGCUAUUUAAAGAUGGAUUGCUCUGUGAGGGCCUUGGCAUUUGUAUGUCCUUGUGAUAAUGGUUAAGAGGCCUUAGAUGAGUCGUGUGCAAUAAUCAUUAUUGGUUGCGUGUCGACCGGCUCGACCGGCCGUCGACGUGUCCUUACAUUCAUGUCCGCCGACCUACAAUAGCUACAUGUCAGAUUUUCUAAACAGCCGAUCAUUAACGUGUACUCAUUCUGAAUCUUACAUUUUUGAAGAGGAUCGCACCGUUUUAGGGUUUUUAGAUGCACCAUGGUCACACUGUGUUUCUGCUGACAAUGAUUGUUGUUAACAUGCUGAAGUGUAAUGUCUGGAUUAACUUUUGUUUUUUUGUGUAAUGACGCCACCUGUACAAGGUGAGCUCCCUUUCAGCCGCAUGGCAGUGAAUUGGACUCUUCAGGUUCUGUUUAUUUCCCCGUUUUUUUUUUUGUCACACGAGACUACAAAAGUCUCCGCAAUCGGAGCUUUUUCAUCUGUGGAGUGCAGUUUUGACUGUGAAGCGUGCGUCACAUAUCCCCAAAGCAGAAAACUAAAAAGCUUAUUCUUCUACAAGAUUGUUUGUAUACCACUGCUGUCAAUGUAUGUGUCGUGUGGCCCUUGUUUUAUGUGUUAAGGUGCUGGUCUCUGAGGUGGUUCAAUGAAAAUCUGUACAUAUAAAGGAAAGUACACAAUCUAAUACUC